UAAAAGAAGGCAAAAAAUAACAACAGUGACGAAGACAUGAACCUGUCAUCAUGUGACCGUGCCGAGAGUGGAAUCGGUGGCUGUCGUUUGUAGUUGACGCUGUUUUGCAGUUUUUCUACUUGCCAAUCUCUUUCGUUCUUCUUCUGUCAGUCAAACGUAAAUAAACUUGAGCUCUAAUAAACAGUUGAGCACAGUGCGCGCCAUAAUAUACAGCACAAAAUCAAUUCCAGUUCAGUCGAUGAUUGUAGUUGCAGUGUUUCGCUGUGCAGGUGGCAAAACGAGUGCGUAACCAACAAAAAUAAAACAUAUAUAUAUAGUGUACAAAUUCAAAGAAAUACCACGAGUUCUACAGAGAGCGCACGACAAAAACCACAUACACAUGAUUAAAAACAAAAUAAAAACGAAACCAAACAGUUGAGACAAAUAAAAAAUAAAUUCGAAGUCCAUAGUAUCCAUUUUAAAGCAUAUCACAUAAGUUCAGAUGCGAAUAGAAAAAAAAGAAAUUAAAAACUCAAAGUAUAGUAAUAUAUAGAUUAAGUAAUUCGGUUGAAAUAUACGUCGCUUGGACAGCUAUUGCAAAACUUCUCAUUGGAAUAGUUCACAUUAGAAGGAAUAACUUGCAGAACGGCGAAAAUCAAUGAAAUAGAAAAAAAGCACAACGUGCAAAUGCACAGUUAUUAUACACACAUUGUUUGUUGUUGUUGUCGUCGACAUCGUCGUUAUACGUUAUAUUUAUUGUACUCCUUGCCGAUGAUCGAACUGUGAAUUAUAAAGUUGCAUUUAUCGUAUCGGUUCAAUCAAAUUUGCCAACGUGCUGUGAUCUUAUAUUGAUGUUGAAUUUUCUUCGGUUAACACAUAAAAACAAGUUUGAGUUGUCAUUUUAUUUUAUCUCCGUUGCCGUAAAAUCAAUCAUUCCAUAAUUGUGUUUAUUGUCUACUUUGAUUUUCGAAAACGUUAAUUGUUCGUCAUUUUGUCAAAGCGUAUCUUGUGUUAUCAAUUAUCGCGUGCGCCACUCUAGUGCCAGAAUAUAUUUGUGAUCCACUGGUUUAUAUUUCUAUUUUUUUAUUUUUGUGUGUGUGUGUAUUUUUUUGGUGUCGAAUUGAUCAAGGGAAAAGGCAUUAACACACGAAAAACUAAAAAAGACAAAAAUCGAAUCGAAAAUCUUUUGGAUUAUUAUCUGUCGCUUGCGUUACAUUUCUAUUACUACCAUCAACCGUUUUCAGUUUCAAACGAAGAAACACAAAACCAACCACACUCACUGAUUACAUAAACGAAUUUAAAAUAGAUGAUCAUAAAGUUCGACACAAAGAUAAGCUUAAAAUCGUAAAAAUAGCGAUACGCGAAUGAUUUAAAUCAUGGACGAUUCAGUUAAAGUUGCGAAUGCACAACACCAAGGCCACAAAGAUGCAAACCAGAGUUUACAUCAAAUCGAAACGAAUGUUGAAAAUUUGGAAAUGCGAACCAUGAGCAGCAUACAAUUGGUGGAAACAUUUUAUGUGACAUCAAAGAAAAACACCGUUUAUUAUGUAAAAUUAACGGAAAAAGGAUUAACACUGCGCAAAGAAACAAAUGUCGCUGCUAAAGAGCAAACAAUUUUAUUACAAGAUAUAAUUGGUUGUCGAUGUUUGCGCAGCAAACGAAAACGAAAAAAUGCAUCGUCUUGUACAUGUGCUGCGCUUCCCGGUCCAACCGAAUUAAAAGUCGUCGAAGAGAAUUCUGUUGAUUUGGAUGAGUCAGAUGUCAGUGUUUAUCUCUAUAUCUAUGCGUAUAUUUUGGAAAAAAAUGGCCAUCGCGAACGUACUACCAUAACAUUACGAUUUCGUUCAUUUGAUAAUUAUGAACAAAACAAUGAAGAGGCACAAAAAUGGAGAUCGGCAAUCAAGUAUCUAAUACAUCGUGAUCCGAAUGUAAUUGAGUUUCCAACACAAGUAAAACGUCUAACCAUAUCACCAUUGAAUGUAACACCGCCCGCAAAAUCAGUGCCGGUGCCAUCAUCACCGCUUCAAUUAUAUGUACCGAAGGAUAUGCGCAAAGUUCUUGUUUUGCUAAAUCCAAAAUCCGGAUCGGGAAAGGCACGUGAAACAUUCCAAAAAUAUGUGGCACCAGUGUUCACUGAAGCUGAAGUUCCAUACGAAUUACAAGUCACAAAACAUGCAAACUAUGCACGCGAAUUUGCACGACGCUCUGACAUCUAUGCAUGGAGAUCAAUUGUUGUCGUUGGCGGCGAUGGAAUUUACUAUGAAGUCAUUAACGGUCUCUUUGAGCGUCCCGAUUGGGAACGUGCCACACAAACAAUUCCAAUUGGCAUCAUCCCAUGCGGUUCUGGCAAUGGUUUGGCCAAAACCAUAGCCCAUGUCUACAGUGAGCCAUACGAGCCGAAACCCGUUUUGAAUGCUGCCUUAACAGUUGUUAGAGGUCACAAUGCGCCGAUGGAUUUAGUCCGAGUUGAAACCAAAUCAGAGAUUUUAUUUUCAUUUUUAUCGGUCGGUUGGGGAUUUAUAUCUGACAUUGAUAUUGAAAGUGAACGUCUUCGUUCGAUUGGCUAUCAACGAUUUGCCAUUUGGUCAGUACAUCGUUUGAUUAAUUUGCGUACAUACUAUGGAACAUUAUCAUAUUUGCCGGCGAAAAAUUUGAACUCAACCGAAAAUGGAAAAAUUUCAAUGGCAAACCGACGGAAACCAAAUCGUUCGACCACAAUGAAACAUAGCAUGAGCUACAAUGUUGGAUUAACGGAAUGUAUUGAUUGCCAUGGCAUGGGUGAUUGUGAAGCAUGUGAUUCAGCAUUCGGUGAUAUACUUGCAUUAGAAACAAAUGCAGCAAACGAUGCCUUCAAUAAUAAUGCAACUGUUUUACAUGCGCGUCCCCGUUUGGAUAGUUGGCAUUCGGCAAAUUCACGAAAAAGUGCAUAUUAUUCGACAACCGAAAGUAUUUAUCAAAGUGUUGCCGAUCAAAUAUCAGAAUAUGGCAGCGAAACAAAUGAUGAUACCACAAAGCAUGCAAAUCAAGUGUAUGGACCAGCCUCAGCAAUUCCAGCACUAACCGCACCAGUACCAGCCGAUUGGACAAUUGAAACGGGUGAAUUUAUUAUGGUACAUGCCGCUUAUCAAACGCAUAUUGCAUCGGAUUGUCAAUUUGCACCGUUGUCACAGCUCAACGAUGGUAUUAUAUGGAUGCUUGUUAUACGAGCCGGUGCAUCGCGACAGGAAAUUUUUAAAUUUCUUAUUGGCAUGAGUUCGGGCACACACAUUCCAACAACACCAAAUCAAUACAUUGAAAUGAUUCCGGUGACAGCAUUUCGCAUUGAACCAACCGGUACACAUGGACAUUUUACGGUCGAUGGUGAACGUAUUGAAUAUGGACCCAUUCAAGCUGAAAUAUUUCCUGGUAUUUCACAAGUUUUAGUACCAAAACCACAACAGUAAAAAUCGCAUCAAUUCUCUUUUUUUCCCUCUCUUCCAAUCAAACACAAAGUAAAUACAUUAAGCUGUGGUUAAAAUGACAUUUUGAAAUGAGGACUUUUUUUUCUUCUUAUUUCAUCUAUUUUCGAGUUAUAUUUUUUUUUUCUUUUAUUUUCUUUCGAAAUUUUUUGAAGAAAAAAACAACAACAAGAAACAAACAAAUUCAAAGGCACAAUAUAUUUUGAUGAAAUCAAUUUAUCAAUGUGAGCAAGCUGCACAUUGAAACGAAGGACAUGUUUACAUUACUUACAUAGACAUAGGUAAAAAUAAUACAUCACUAAACGCUUUAAUAAAUCCGUUAAAAAAUGUUUUUUUUUUUUGUUAGAUUGUUAAUUAGAUAUAUUUUGAAUGGAAGGAGAGAUUAUAAACGUCUUUAGCUAUUGUAAAUAAAUUGAAAAUUAUCAAAAAUGAGGGACAAAGAGAAAAUAAUGGUAUAAUAUUUUUUUGUGAUUUCCAUGCAUGAAAUAAAAAGGCUACUCGAUACAUAUCCAAAUGUUCUUGCCACACAUCGAUUCCGCUAGGUAAUAAGAAAUUAUUAUUAAUCAAUCUAUGUACAAUAUAAUUAACAGAAGAAAUAACUUAAAACACGCAGAUACACAAAUCGAACGGUCCACAAAUAAAAUAAACAUUCAUUCAAUAAGAUUUAGUAUUUCUGAAAAUAUUCGUACUUAUAAACUUGCAUAAAAAUUCCGUUUUGCAUUACAUACAUAGGAAAACAAAAUUCUGAUUAAGAACAUUACAUUUCGAUGAUAAUUUCUUAUAUUGAAUUGCUUCGCUUUUUUCACAGUUUCGAUUUCAAUUAAAAAAUCCAAGUAAAGUUGAGAACAUUAACAAGUAUGUUGCAAUUAAAAAGAAAAACAAAUUUCAUCUGUAAAUUUGUAAAAUGUUACAAAUAUGUCCAUAAUAUAUGUACUAUUGGUGAAAGUGAUUACGCAUUAGGUUGGAAAUAAAACAAAACAAUGAA